ACUUGCUCUUUGGGAUGCUGAAGGUGCUGAAAUAGCUGCGAGGACAAGGGACUUGGCUCAGUGUUAAAUAUCUGCCGAGCUGCCUGAAGACUCUGAGAUGACAAUAGGGGAAAUGGAGAAUGUGGAGGUCUUCACUGCUGAGGGCAAAGGCAGAGGUCUAAAGGCUACGAAGGAGUUCUGUGCUGCCGACAUCAUCUUUGCGGAGCGGGCUUAUUCCGCUGUGGUUUUUGACAGCCUUGUGAAUGUUGUGUGCCACACCUGCUUCAAGAGGCAGGAGAAGCUCCACCGAUGCGGGCAGUGCAAGUUUGCCCACUACUGUGACCGCACCUGCCAGAAGGAUGCUUGGCUGAACCACAAGAACGAAUGUUCGGCCAUCAAGAGAUACGGCAAGGUGCCCAACGAGAACAUCAGGCUGGCGGCACGCAUCAUGUGGCGGGUGGAGAGAGAGGGCAGCGGGCUCACCGAGGGCUGCCUGGUCUCCGUGGACGACCUGCAGAACCACGUGGAGCACUUCGGGGAAGAGGAGCAGAAGGAGCUGCGGCUGGACGUGGACACGUUCCUGCAGUACUGGCCGCCGCAGAACCAGCAGUUCAGCAUGCAGUACAUCUCCCACAUCUUCGGCGUGAUUAAUUGCAAUGGUUUCACACUCAGUGACCAGCGAGGCCUGCAGGCUGUGGGCGUGGGCGUCUUCCCCAACCUGGCCCUGGUGAACCAUGACUGUUGGCCCAACUGCACUGUCAUAUUUAACAAUGGCAAUCAUGAGGCAGUGAAAUCCAUGUUUCACACCCAGAUGAGAAUUGAGCUCCGAGCCCUGGGCAAAAUCUCAGAAGGAGAGGAGCUGACGGUGUCCUAUAUCGACUUCCUUAACAUCAGUGAGGAACGCAAGAAGCAGCUGAAGAGACAGUACUACUUUGACUGCACGUGUGAGCACUGCAAGAAGGGGCUGAAGGAUGACCUCUUCCUGGGGGUGAAAGACGACCCAAAGCCCUCUCAGGAGGUGGUGAAGGAGAUGAUACAAUUCUCCAAGGAUACAUUGGAAAAAAUUGACAAGGCUCGCUCUGAGGGUUUGUACCACGAGGUUGUGAAGUUAUGCCGGGAGUGCCUGCAGAAGCAGGAGCCAGUGUUUGCCGACACCAACAUCUACAUGCUGAGGCUGCUGAGCAUUGUUUCCGAGGUCCUCUCCUACCUGCAGGCCUUUGAGGAGGCCUCACACUACGCCAGGAGGAUGGUGGAUGGCUACAUGAAGCUGUACCAUCCCAACAAUGCCCAGCUGGGCAUGGCCAUCAUGCGGGCAGGGCUGACCAACUGGCAUGCUGGCAACAUUGAGGUGGGGCAUGGCAUGAUCUGCAAAGCUUAUGCCAUCCUCCUGGUCACACAUGGACCCUCUCAUCCCAUCACCAAGGACUUAGAGGCCAUGCGGAUGCAGACGGAGAUGGAACUGCGCAUGUUCCGCCAGAACGAAUUCAUGUACCACAAGAUGCGCGAGGCCGCCCUGAACAACCAACCCAUGCAGGUCAUGGCCGAGCCCAGCAACGAGCCGGCGCCGGCUCUGUUCCACAAGAAGCAAUGAGGACCUACAUGGUCGGGGAGGGGCGCUGUGGCUGGGGGACUGGGGAGACAUCCUGGAGGUGGUGGGUUUCUGGGGAGACCCUUGAUGAGGAAAUCAGCGUAAUACGCAACUUUGUUGCCAUGGGAACGUACUGCUCUGUGGUCCCCGGUGUCAUUUUCUUUAACUUCAACUCAGUCCAGUUCAGUUUAACUCUAUCCCAGCCCAGCCCGGUCUAACUCAUCCUACAAGUGUUUAUUGGGUGCUAGACCUUAGGUAUAAAGAAGCUCCAAAGGUAACUGGGGAGACGAAACAUAAACAAUUAAACACAGUGUGAUAAUAAAUGCAAUGGUAAGCUCUAUGGAGAGAGGGAUAUGUGUCUAGCGUGUGUGUGUGUGUGUGUGUGUGUGGUCGUUGGGGGGUGGGCGGCGGUUGGUCAUGGAGGAGAUGACCUCUGAGCUGAGGGUGGCAGGUACCUGGAGUCUCAGAUGUCUGCUCACCUAUCUGUACAGGUGUCUCAGGGAUGUUCAGGAUUUGCUGACUGGAAUGGGUGUUGUCCAGUUUCCACAGGUGACUGUGGAGUUAUGAAGAAGGGACUGUGUUUGGGCCACGUGGGCCCUACUCAGAGAACUAGAACCUCUUUAAUAAGGGUACUAUGCAGAAGGAGAUGGAGCUUUGCUCAAACCACUUAAGGCCUCAGUUUAAAGUCUGGGUUCCCAGCAUUAUUCUGAAACUACUUUUAGAACAGAGAGGGAGUGGCUCCCUUCCCCACCCUCUGUGUCAAGCCUUGUGAUUCCCAUGAUGUGGGAGUAGUUGGAUGUUAGCUGAGAUUUCUCUGGCCAUUGGCCUCCUAGGAUUGAAGAAGUCUCUUUAGGGUGAAGUUGAGAGAGAAAUUUGGAAACCCACCUACCUGAUAAUCAUGGGUCCAGCAGAAUUGUCCUUUGGGUAUUUGAUUUGGUUACAUGUGCCUGGGUGGUCUAUAUCAGCUUACACUUCAUCACUGACCCCUAGGAAAUCUCUAUUUUUAGUCAUGAAUAAUUUUGACUUCCUUGGGUUAAUUUCUUUCAUUGUGCAUACCCUGGGUUCUCUGCUUUUCUUACCGGAAGGAAUGUCUAAUCUGGACACUUCACAUUUAGGUUGGGACCUUUUUGGGGUAUGAUCAACAUGCCCUCAUCUCCUGGGGAGCUGCUCUUGAUUUUUCACUCAAGAGUGAGGGUCUUGGGAAUCAACCAAUCCAGCUGUCCCAUUGACCUGGGACAGUUGUCCUAAUUGUGCUCUUGUAUCUUCUGGGAGCCCAAACUUCCCACCAGUGUUUUGGGGGAUCCUGGACCAAAACCCUCUUUUUGGGAGUGUCACCAAGUCUUCUAUAUCCUUUGGAGCCACCCUUAACCCCAAAGCUCUGACUAAUAUCUUGAAGUCACAUGAUCCCCCCAGGACCUAUAUUUGUCACCUGUGCCUAAAGAGUCACUUCCUCCAUCCUUACACCCCUUCAUCCUCAGAAUGAUCCACUGCCUCCCUUGGAACAUAACAGCUCUGCCAAUGUGCCAAAAUCUUUGUCCAAAAAGUUCUUUGUCCAAAAGAUGCCAACUCUUUGCAGAAUACUUGUACCUGGCACUUGGCUCUUUAUUGAGGACACUUGCUUCUUUAGAACUUUCACUGGGAGAGUGACAGUUCUUCUAAGUUCACAUACUACACGGCAAAGGACGGAACCAGCCCUCUCCCAGGGAGCCAGCUGUGCCAGUUCAAAUGGUCCUUCUUCCAUCCCCAGUCUUCCUAGGUGGCACUAGUGGUAAAAACUCACCUGCCAAUGCAGGAGACCCUGGUUUGAUCCCUGGGUUGGGAAGAUCCCCUGGAAUAGGAAAUGGAAACCCACUCUAAUAUUCUUGCCUGGGAAAUUCCAUGGACAGAGGAGCCUGGUGGGCUACAGUCCGUGGGGCCACAAAGAGUUGGACAUGACUGAAGUGACUUACCCUCAUAUAAAACCUUCCUCCAAAUCUCUUUCCUUCUUUGUCACUCUCAUCUGCCACACUGCUGGUCAUUCCCCCAUACUCCUGGUCUGUUUUCCAUCCCCUCUUCCUCAAAUUAGGUGUCUGUCUUCCUUUUGGCCCAUGCCCCCUUCCAGUGGAGUUCUGACCUACAUUAAUUCAGCUGUCUUAUUUUUCCUCUGUUGUACCUGGAGGUCUGUGCGCAGCCAGGAAAAUGGCACCUUACAUCAUAGGUUCCUCCACAGACUCCUCUCCAACCUCAGCUGGCCUUGGGGUGCAGCCCAGACGUGCUCCCUGUGCCCCUCGCUGCCCCCCCCUUUUGCCCAGUGGUUAUUUCAGGUCUUCACUCCGGUUCUUGAGUUCUCUGCUUUCAGCAGGCCCUCAUCGCCUACUUCAUGGAGGGGCCAGGAGAUGGGAUUUCCUGUUUCCUCUUCCCACGUGGGUUCACACAUGUCAUAUCUGUGCUGUGCUUCCUGUCCCCCCACCCCCUUCACAUUCCCUUCUCCUCCAAAGCCAAGCUCUCCACCUGUGCCUUGGACCCCUGUCCCCUCCUGGGUCUUUGAACCUCGCUUCCCCUAUAUGCUCUCUCAUCUUGGACUCUUCACAUUUCUGGCUGAUUUAAAGCAGUUAAUUGAUAUGCGGAGGACUCAUAAUCUUCAAAGAUAACUAUUUUUUAAAAGGUUUCGUCUCCCAUGUUUAUUAACAACUCUUUAAAAAAAAAUUAUUGAUUUUGGAUGCAUUGGGCUUUUUUUUUUUUGGUUGUGUUACAUAAACUCUUACUUGAGCAUGUGGGAUAUAUUUCCCUGACCAGGGAUCGAACCCAGGCCCCCUGCAUUGGGAGCACGGAGUCUUAGCCACUGGACCACCAAGGAAGUCCCUCUUUUUUUUUUUUAAAAAAUGCCUUUUUAAAAAUUGUGGUAAAAGUUACAUAAUAUGAAACAUACUAUUUUAACCAUAUUUAACUGUACAUUUCAGUGGCACUAACUACAUUCCCAUUGUUGUGCUAGUCUCACCAUUGUCCAUCUCCCCAAUUUUUCACUUUCCUAAACUGAAGCUCUGUCCCCAUUAAACAUUAACUCCCCUCCCCGCCCCGCCCCGCAUCUACCAAUGUACUUUCUGGCUCUAUGAAUUUGACCAUUCUGGGUACCUUGUAUAAGUGGAAUUAGACAGUAUUUGUCUGCACCUACUGUAUACUGGAAUUUAGCUUUCUUCACUUUCCAUUUCUUCUUGAACCCACUGUGGAAUGAGCAUGGCUCUUUCCAAGGUCGACUUCUGGUGGGACAUUUCAGCCUUCGUAUUAUUUGGCUUCUCUGCUUCAGUUGGCAUCACAGCCCUUGAUUUCUGGGCACCACAUCCUUGUAAUGAUCCUCUGUUGAGGAUUCUCUCCUGCCCUUGACAGGCUGGUAUUUCCUAGAGCUGGUUCUGUUCAUUCUGGUCACGCUCAGUUGGUCCUCAUCUCCCUCUGCACACCUUCCCCCAGGAGCUCAGCCAGGCCCUUUGUUUCCUCACUGUCUAAGGGCUUCCCUGGUGGCCCAGACAGUAAUGCGGGAGACCCCGGUUCAAUCCCUGGGUUGGGAAGAUCCCCUGGAGAAAGGAAUGGCAACCCACUCCAGUAUGCUUGCCUGGAGAAUCUUAUGGACAGAGGAGCCUGGCGGGCUGAAGCCCAAGGACUCGCAAAGAGUCAGACGCUACUGAGUGAGUGACACUUUCAUACUUUUGAGACUGAUGUCCCUAAAUCUGUACCCUCUAACCUUGUUCUUGAACAUCAGCCCCACAUAUCCUGUUGAACGUUCUGCCCCCCUAACUCAGCAUGUCCAAAAAGGAACUCUUUCUCUUUCCUUUCUCCCCACUCCUGCGCCUGUUGCUCCUCAACACCCAUUGCCCCCAAGGAGAACAUCUGACUGCUGGUCUAGUUACUUCCUGAGUAUCUACUUCAUCUGAGAUUUUAGUCAGAGCCACAUACUCAUGGGUCCUUGAGUGACCCAUGUCCUCCUGUGCCUCUCUGAGUUUUGAAACAUUGUGUCUAAAAUAUGUAAAACCUAUCAACUCCUAUUCAUCUUUCAGCACCCUCUGGAAAUCACCCCUUCUGUAAAGCCCUCCCUGAAAGCUUUAGAUUCAGCUGGCUGCCUGUCUGAGUCAUAUUACCCUUGAAUCUCCCAUCAUAACAUUCUCCUCACGACCUUAUAUCGCCUUUUUACUUGUCUGCCUCCUCCAUCAGAUUGUAAGCCUCUGGAGGGCAGGAGCUUUGUCCCUUUAUUCAUCUUUCUAUCCCAAGAACCUAGCACAGGUCCCGGGACAUAGUAGGUGCUCAGUUAAUAUGUAUUGAAUGAAUGAUUAAGUGAAUGAAUUUGCUUAGAUCAGAGCACAAGAGACAUAGAACUGUGUAUCUUGAGUUUUUAUUAAUGCAGUCCACAGAGGCUAUUAAAUUUCCAUGUUUCCAAGCAAA